GAAUUAUGACGCCGUCCAAUGAAAACAAAGGAUAAGACAUUGCGCACAUUUUCAAACUCAACUUUUGAAUCUAGCCAGAAAGCUAACGUUAUUCAUCGAGUGAAAGGGUCUUAUUUUUUAAAAUUGUAUACAAUGUUAGAGGAAUCUGCUGUCAAAGUCUGUGUACGGGUUCGACCUCUGAUAGAAAGGGAGGAAACUGCUGCAGAAAGCGCCGAGCCAGUCAAGUUGUAUUGGAAAACGGAUAAGAAGACAAUUCAUCAGGUUGAUGAUGGAAAUCUUACCAAGAACUUCAGUUUUGACCGUGUAUUUAGUGCUGAAGAAACAACUCUGCAGCUGUACCAGGAACUUGCAAAGCCUCUUGUUGUCUCCACUGUUGAAGGUUAUAAUGGAACAAUAUUUGCUUAUGGACAAACUUCAUCUGGAAAGACUUUCACUAUGAUGGGGAGUUCUCUUACUCCAGGAGUUAUACCCCUUGCCAUGGAGGAUGUCUUCCAGACCAUAAAAAAUUGUCCAAAAAAGGAGUUCCUCCUGAGGGUGUCAUACUUGGAGAUCUACAAUGAAACAGUGACAGAUUUGCUCUGUGACAGUUGGAAAAGGAAACCUCUAGAGAUCCGAGAGGGAAACAAUAAAAAUGUCUAUGUAGCUGACCUAACUGAGGAACUGGUGACAUCUCCUGAGCAAGCCCUUGCGUGGAUUAGAAAAGGAGAAAAGAAUCGCCAUUAUGGAAAGACAAAAAUGAACCAGCGAAGCAGUCGUUCGCACACAAUUUUCCGCAUGAUCUUGGAGAAUCGUGACAGGGGUGACUCUGCAUCUGGUGAAAAUCCAGACAGCGCCAUUAUUGUGUCCCAUUUGAAUUUGGUUGACCUGGCUGGGGCUGAGAGAGCAAGUCAAACAGGUGCUGAAGGUACACGUUUCAAAGAAGGAUGUAAUAUAAAUCGCAGCCUGUUCACCCUCGGUCAAGUGAUCAAGAAACUGUCUGAUGAAACCCAGAAGGGUUUCACUAACUACAGGGACAGUAAACUCACCCGCAUUCUCCAAAAUUCCCUGGGUGGAAAUGCAAAAACUGUCAUCAUCUGCACCAUCACCCCAGUUACUCUGGAAGAAACACUUAGCACUCUUCAAUUUGCUAGUGCAGCAAAGAACAUGAAGAAUGAUCCACAUGUCACAGAGGUUUCUGAUGACGGAGCCCUUCUGAGAAGAUACAGAAAUGAAAUUGUGGACCUCAAGCGCAGACUUCAUGAGGUCUCAUCAGUCACUCAAACAACCGCGACAGAGAAGGAGACUCUGUCCCAGAUUUUGCAAGAGAAGGAUCAGCUCCAAAGAGAACAAGAGGACAGGAUUAAGAAUUUAACCAAACUUCUAGUCACUUCGUCAAACUUCGUUACCAUCAAAAAGAUGCCGAAACGUAGGGUUACGUGGGGUGGAAAACUGCCAUCACCAGCCUUCCACCAUGCUGGAGAAUCUGACCUAAGCUUUGCUGAGCCUUUUUUCAAAAAAAGAAAAGCUGAUAUGUCUGUCUUGACAGAGCAGAAUGAAGAUGGCGAUGAGUUCGAUUCUACCUUUGACAUGGAGAUGAACCAGAGCAAUCUGACUGUGCGUGGUUUUGCAGAAAGUGAAUUUUUAUCUCCAAACCAACUGAACAAAUUGUCUGAGAAGGUGUCCUGCCUGGAGCUCCAGCUGGAAAAUGAGACUCAGCAGAAGCAGGAGGCCAUGGAGGAAGUGGAGACUUUUCAGAGGAGGGUUGCGGAACUGGAGAAGCAGCUAGAAGGAAAGUCACUAAUGCCUGCUGAUGCACAGCUGGAAAAGGAGACUCAGCAGAACCAGGAAGACAUGGAGGAAGUGGAGACUUUUCAGAGGAGGGUUGCGGAACUGGAGAAGCAGCUAGAAGGAAAGUCACUAAUUCCUGUUGAUGCACAGCUGGAAAAGGAGACUCAGCAGAACCAGGAAGACAUGGAGGAAGUGGAGACUUUCGAGAUAAGGGUUGCUGAACUGGAGAAGCAGCUAGAAAAGUCUCAAAUGCCUGCUGAUGCACAGGAGCAGAUGAAAAGGGGAUUUGAAGAGACCAUUCAACUCUGUGAGACGUUGGUGUCUGAGAAGGAAAUGGUUGCUACUGAGCGUGAUUAUCUCAAGCAGGAGCUCAACAUCCUAAUGGAACAGACUGAAAACUUGAAAAAAGAAAAGGCUGCACUUCUUCAGGAGAUGGAGGAGAAGAAAGAGAUGGAUGAGUUCAAUUCUUUGGAAGAGGAGAGCAAAAGAGAAUAUGAGAAAGAACUACUGAAUGACAUUUCCUCCUUAAAGAAGGCCAUGGAGGCCUCGGGACGCAAAUCUCAAGAGCUUGAGGCUAAUCUGGUGGCAAUGUCCGAGGAGCUGAAAAAGAAAGGCGACUGGGCAGAGGAACUACAAAGAUCGAGUGACGUUGACUUGGUCCAACAAGUGAAGCAGCUGCGACGCUCUCUGGACGAUGCUGAGGGGUUGAGCCGUGACACUAAGAAGGAGUGGGCCCACCUGCGCAGUGAAAAUAUCUCGCUCAAAGAGAGGGCUGUGACACUAACUGCUGGCUAUGAGAGGAUGGAAGCUCAGGUGAAUGGGCUUCGCCAUCAGUUGGAGACAGAAAAAUCGAGCUUCAAAAAGAUGCAGGUUGACCUUCAGAGGGAGUUACAGGGAGCCUUUGAGGAGAACACCAAGCUUACUACUCUUCUGGAUGGAAAAGUUCCCAAAAAUCUCAUAGACAGCAUUGAACUUGAGAAAACAGUUGCUGACCUGAAGAAAGAGCUGGACAAGUCUCAUGAAGAUGAGAGAACCCUACAAGCUAAGAUCGAGGAUUUGAGUGCACUGCAGGAUCUGCCAGAUAAAGUGAACAGUUUGAUGAUGCAGGUAUGUGAUCUCACGGAGGAGCUCUGUGCAGUCCAAAAAGAGAGAGACAUGCUGGUGUCUGCUAAGGCCUGCAGUGAGGAGGAAGCUCAUCAAUUCAGAGAACUUGCCCAGAGCUCCCAGGAGCAGCUAGUCAAACUUCAAGAUGACCUGAGCAAAGCAGAGUUGAGGGAAAACGACCUAACCCAGCAGUGCACCGACAUCACUGAGCAACUGGAGACUCUCCAUAAGGACUUGGCGCGCUCCUCUGUGGAGAACAGUCAGCUUCUGACUACUGUGGAAGAGUCCAGCCUGAGACUGAAGGAGAAUGAACAGCAUCGCGCAUCAAUUGAAGAUCAAUUGUGUGGAAUGCAACAAGUCAUGAAAGAGUUGGAGGAGAAGCUUGCUGAGAGUGAAUCAUCCAAGGAAAGAUAUGACAAUUUAUCCCAGGAACACCAAGAUCAGAUAAGGCAGCUGAGUGAGGAGGUGAUACAAGUCCAGGCAGAACUAAAACGGCAACAGCAUCUGAACUCAGAACAGCAGUCAUGUGCCCAACAAGAUGAUCAACAUCAGCUACAAAUACAGGAACUACGAGCUGCAUUAGAGGCCAUGACAGAGGAAAGGAGCCAGUUGAACAGUGACUUGCAGCAAAAUAUGGAAAUGGCUGCAGAGAGUCAGGGACUUCUCCAUUCCAUCCAAGAGGAGCUCAGACAACAGAGACAAGUGAACUCUGACCUUGAGAGCCAAAGUUUACAGAAGGAGACUCUUCUAGAACAGCAGAUGAGGCAGCUGAGUGAUGCACUUGAGUCUGGGGAAGCUGAGAGAGAACGUCUCCUGUUUCAGAAGACGGACAGCCCUCAGAAUCAUGCAGAGGAGUUGGAGAAGCUGCUCUCUACUGUGACCUCACUGACUGGAGAGAGAGAUCAGCUCCAGGAGAUACUGGAGGGAAUCCGAGAGGAGAGGAACCAGCUCAAGAGAGACCUGGAGGACAAUGUGGAGAUGAUUGGAAACCAGGAGGAGCUACGGGUGGCACUUGAAAAGAUGCACCAUCAAGAGGAAAAUAUGAAACCUAUGGAGACUGCAAAUCUAGAGGAGCUGCAAAGUCAGCUGAAGGAGGAGCUUGAGUCUGUGCGAGCUGAGCGAGAGCGUUUCCUGUCUGAGAAGACAGAUGGCUCUCAGAAUCAUGCAGAGGAGUUGGCGAAGCUGCUCUCUACUGUGACCUCACUGACUGGAGAGAGAGAUCAGCUCCAGGAGAUACUGGAGGGAAUCCGAGAGGAGAGGAACCAGCUCAAGAGAGACCUGGAGGACAAUGUGGAGAUGCAACAUCUGAACUCGGCACACCAGCCCCAUAGAGAACAUCAGGAGACUGACCUACGUUUGCAGAUUCAACUAGAGGCAGUGAAGGAGUUAGAGGAGCGGCUGGAAGCUGUUAAAGAGGAGCGGAGCCAGCUCAAGACUGACCUUCAGGACAAUGUAGAGAUGAUGAUUGAGAAUCAAGAGGAACUAAGGGAGGCUCAAGCGAAGAUCAAAUCACUACAGGGGAAAAUCCAACAACUUCAGACUCAAAAUGCAGAUGUUGAGACAAGAUUGAACACCAUAAAUGCUCCAGAGAAUACGUCCUGUCUAGGAGAGCUGCAAAACCAGAUAAGGCAGCUGAAUGAGGAGCUGAAGUCGGUGCGAGAUGAGAGAGAGCGUCUCCUGUCUGAGAAGACAGAUGGCUCUCAGAAUCAUGCAGAGGAGUUGGAGAAGCUGCUCUCUACUGUGACCUCACUGACUGGAGAGAGAGAUCAGCUCCAGGAGAUACUGGAGGGAGUCCGAGAGGAGAGGAACCAGCUCAAGAGAGACCUGGAGGACAAAGUGGAGAUGCUACAGCAGCUAGGAGAGGAACUGGAAACCAUGACACAGGAGCGGUGUCAGUUGAAGGGUGACCUGCAAGAAAAUCUGGAGAUGGCUGCAGAGACUCAGGGACUUCUCCAUUCCAUCCAAGAGGAGCUCAGACAACAGAGACAAGUGAACUCUGACCUUGAGAGACAAAGUUUACAGAAGGAGUCUCUUCUAGAACAGCAGGCUAAGCAGCUGAAUGAGGAGCUUGAGUCUGUGCGAGCUGAGAGAGAGCGUCUCCUGUCUGAGAAGACAGACGGCUCUCAGAAUCAUGCAGAGGAGUUGGAGAAGCUGCUCUCUACUGUUACCUCACUGACUGAAGAGAGAGACCAGCUCCAGGAGAUACUGGAGGGAAUCCGAGAGGAGAGGAACCAGCUCAAGAGAGACCUGGAGGACAAUGUGGAGAUGAUGAUUGAAAAUCAGGAGGAGCUACGGGUGGCACUUGAAAAGAUACACCAUCAAGAGGAAAAUAUGAAACCUAUGGAGACUGCAAAUCUAGAGGAGCUGCAAAGUCAGCUGAAGGAGGAGCUUGAGUCUGUGCGAGCUGAGCGAGAGCGUUUCCUGUCUGAGAAGACAGAUGGCUCUCAGAAUCAUGCAGAGGAGUUGGAGAAGCUGCUCUCUACUGUGACCUCACUGACUGGAGAGAGAGAUCAGCUCCAGGAGAUACUGGAGGGAAUCCGAGAGGAGAGGAACCAGCUCAAGAGAGACCUGGAGGACAAUGUGGAGAUGUCCAUCAAAGUCCAGGAGGAGUUGAAACAGCAGCAACAUCUGAACUCGGAGCAACAGACUGAGAGGGAACAUCAAGAAGCUCAACUUCAGCAGCAACUACAGCAGCUAGGAGAGGAACUGGAAACCAUGACACAGGAGCGGUGUCAGUUGAAGGGUGACCUGCAAGAAAAUCUGGAGAUGGCUGCAGAGACUCAGGGACUUCUCCGUUCCAUCCAAGAGGAGCUCAGACAACAGAGACAAGUGAACUCUGACCUUGAGAGCCAAAGUUUACAGAAGGAGUCUCUUCUAGAACAGCAGGCUAAGCAGCUGAAUGAGGAGCUUGAGUCUGUGCGAGCUGAGAGAGAGCGUCUCCUGUCUGAGAAGGCAGACGGCUCUCAGAAUCAUGCAGAGGAGUUGGAGAAGCUGCUCUCUACUGUGACCUCACUGACUGAAGAGAGAGACCAGCUCCAGGAGAUACUGGAGGGAAUCCGAGAAGAGAGGAACCAGCUCAAGAGAAACCUGGAGGACAAUGUGCAGAUGAUGCAGCAGCUAGAGAAAGAAGGCAUACACAUGAGAGAUGAGAGGGCCCAGAUUCAGCGAGACCUGCAGGAAAAUAUGGAGAUGAGGACAUUAGAACAGCAACACCUGAACUCACAACAGCAGGCUGAGAGCGAACAACAAAUGAAGCAGCUGGAGGAGGAAUGUAAAGGUUUCAAAGAAGGACAGUUUCACUUGAAAGGCGAAGCAGACACCUCACACAAGAUGCUUAGUGAUGCGAAUGCAACCAUCUCCAUAUUGACAGAGCAGAUCAAUAACCUGGAGCAGAGCACCAGCUGUUGUAGCACCAGGGCAGGAGAGGGACUGUGCUCCAGACUGGAAGCUUCAAUGCAGAAGCUCCAGGUGUCCCUUGUGAGGCUCCAGCUUGUAAUCGAUGGUGCUUCUAAGCCUGGACAUGGGCCCCUGGUUGGUGUCACACAAGUUGAAGAAGUCAUGAUACUGAAACUGUUGCCCCUUCUUCCAAAGCCCACAAAAAAGAUCUAUAGCAAUAUCAAUAGAUCUACUGUCCAGAUCACUAACGCGGUGUGGGAUACAAAGGUGCUGCUGAAGCUGUGUGCCAAGGAUUACAAAACCCAUGUUGAAGCCCUGGUUCAGAAUGACUUGGCUGUAUUUGAGGAGAGGAGACUCCAGGACCUGCUCCUCUGUAGAGCCCAGGCACCCAGUCACUCAGUCAAGGUGGUUGAGAAUGACCUCCUUGGUGUCUGGGACGAGAGACUGUCAGAGCUGUUGGACAGGAGAGAAGGUUACCUCCAGAAAAUGAACAGUGUUUUGAAGAAGCUUGAGGAGAGCCUGGCCACUCACCCAGCAGCAGUGUCAGAGGAGCUUAGGGUGCGAGAGAGGAGCAACGAGGAGCUGAAUGCUCUAUGCAUGGUCCACUCACCGGACUCAGCAGCAGUGGAGAACUUCCUGGUGCGAGAGCUGGCCCGGCGCUCUGUUUUGGCACAGGCCAACACACUGGCUCUCCAGGGAUUGCGAGAUGAGCGCUGUGGUCUGCUCAAAGAGCUAGGCGUGGUCCGAGCACAGGCUGACAGUCAGCUGAAAGAAGAGAGGAGUAAGACCUCUACUCUACUGCAGAUACUGGAGCGUGCCCCCGUCAAGACUGAAGCUGACCUGCUGAGGGACAACCAGCAACUUGCCCUGCAACGUCAGCAGUUGGAUGGGGAAAUCAAGGAAAUGCAGAUGAGAGUUGAGCAGCUGGAAGAAGACCAGAUCAAAGCUGCUGAUAGCAUCUCAAACCACAAACAAGCCACCCAGCUACUACAAACUGAGCUUCAGGAUGCUUGUGCACAAGUCAAGGACAGGGAGGGCUCCAUUGAAAUCCUAAAAGAGAAACUCAGAGAGACGGAAGUUCUGGCUAAGAGAAGAACAUCACCUAGUGCUCUUGAGCUUGAAGAGCUGAAGGCUAAACUUUUGAAAAUGGAGUUGGAGAUGACUGCAUCAUCCUCUAAACACCAGGAAGAGUUACUGAGGAUGACGACAGUCCUGAACCACAAGGAGGACGCUCUGAGGACGCUGAAGGAGACUCUGAGAAGAUCACAACAGGAGGGAGAACAGUCAUUCAAUGAGGGACCGGAUCUGCAUGCCAGACUGAUAACCGCCAGAGGACGCAUGGUCCAAAGCAACAUUCUCCUUGAAAAGAACAAACUUGAGGAGGAACUGAAAAGGCUACAGAGCAAAAUUUCUGAAUUGGAGAGCCUUGUGUCCACUCAGCAAGGAGAGAUCACAAAGUGGAAGGCUAGAGCAAUUAAGCUGAAGGAGAAUAAGAGGGACGUGGUAGACAAGCCUCUGUCUCCAUCUACUCCUACAAAACACCGCCUUCCCAUGAAUUCUGAGCAGUUCCUCAACUCUCCCAAGAGGUUCCUCAACUCUCCCAAGAGGUUAAUUGACUCUCCCAAGAAGUUCCUCGACUCUCCCAAGAGCAAGUUCUUCGAUGUCCGUCCAGGCUCUGAAUCCAUGUCGAUCAACUGUCCCAAGCAGUUUUUUGAUAACUCCAACCUUGGAACCAUUCAAGAUGCAAGCGCAAGUGUGGAUAAGAAGGACGAAUGGUGGCCUCUGUCACCAAAGCAAUCUGAUGUAUGCAAACAACAGUAAAUGUUUUACCUAAUUGUACUAAUCAUUGUCUAUUUUUCAACGUUGGAAAUAUUUUCAAUGUUUUCAAUUGUAUGUCAGUCAAUUUUAGCUUUGAUCAAUUUGAUUGCAUGUUUUAUUGUUUAAAAUAAAGAGCUGUUUCUUGAAUAAGA